AUAUUAUUAUACACAACACGGAUGACAUUAACAUAUUUUUCCUUAUGCAGAGAAAAGAACCAAUGGAUCACUCAGUUUCAGUUUCAUCCAAUAAGCCUCUUCAUGUUGUAAUGUUCCCAUGGCUAGCCAUGGGUCACGUAUACCCCUGCUUCGAGGUUUCCAAGAUCCUUGCACAAAAGGGUCACUAUGUCACUCUUGUUUCCACCCCUAAGAUAAUAGAUCGCUUGCCCAAACUCCCUCAAACCUUAUCACCAUUUGUUAAACUAUCCAAAUUACUCUUAUCGCCCCACAUCGACAAGAACCAUCUCCCACAAGAUGCUGACUCCACAAUGGACAUUCCCUCCAACAAACUCUAUUACCUCAAAUUGGCCUAUGAUGCUCUCCAAGAACCUGUCUUUGAGGUUCUCAAAACUUCAAAUCCUGAUUGGGUUUUCUAUGAUUUUGCAGCAAGCUGGAUUCCACAGCUAGCCAAGACCCUCAAAAUUCACAGUGCCUAUUUCAGUCCCUGCCCUGCAUGGACCAUAUGCUUCUUUGACACACCAAAACAACAACUUGGUGAUGCUGCUGCUGCCAAUAGAUCAAACCCUGAAGACUACUAUGGCCCUCCCAAGUGGGUUCCUUUCCCUACAAAGAUUGGUCUAAGACCCUAUGAGGUGAGGAAGCUCUUAGAAGAUAUCAAGGUCAACGAGACAGGUGCCUCACCUGUUUUUGAUCUCAACACAGCAAAUUCAGGUUGUGACAUGUUUGUCAUCAGAAGCUCCAGAGACCUUGAACAAGAGUGGUUGGAUUAUCUUGCUGAGUUUUACCACAAGCCUGUGGUUCCUGUGGGGUUGCUUCCACCGUUAAGAGGCUCUGAUGAGGAGGACAAUAGCCCCGAUUGGCUUCAGAUCAAGGCAUGGCUAGAUACACAGAAAGGGUCAUCAGUGGUGUACAUUGCAUUUGGGAGUGAGGUGAAACUGAGCCAAGAGAACCUCAAUGAGUUGGCUCUUGGAAUUGAGCUUUCAGGGUUGUCUUUCUUCUGGGUCUUGAGGAAGGGCUCGGUUGAGUUUUUGCGAGAAGGGUUUGAGGAUCGGACCAAAGAUCGAGGUGUUGUUUGGAAAACUUGGGCACCCCAGCCUAAGAUAUUGGCUCAUGCAUCGGUUGGUGGGUGCUUGACUCAUUGUGGUUCUGGUUCAAUGAUCGAAAAUCUCAUCUUUGGACACGUUCUUGUGAUGUUGCCCUUCUUGCUAGACCAAGCUUUAUAUUCAAGAGUGAUGGAAGAGAAGAAAGUGGGAAUUGAGAUUCCAAGGAAUGAGCAAGAUGGGUCGUUCACAAGAAGCUCAGUGGCCAAGGCAUUGAGAUUGGCAAUGGUGGAAGAGGAGGGAAGUGCUUAUAGGAACAAUGCUAAAGAGUUGGGCAAGAAAUUUAGCAACAAGGAGCUCGAUGACCAAUACAUUGAAGAUUUCAUUGCUUCCCUUCACAAUCACAAGCAUACAUAGGAGGGAUUAAGUGGAUAUGAGUAUUUGAUUAUUUGAGUUAGUACAGGUCUUUUUACUUUUCUAAAAUUUCACCUGUUUUUUUAAAAUAAAUUAAGUAUGGUUCAAGUUCAACCAUUGACGUAUUAAAUUUUGAAAAGAAAAAUUAUACCUUGCACACACAAUAUGUUAAUUGAUACUCAGUGAUAAAGAGAGAAAAGUAUAAGUUAUACAUAUUGCGAUUUAAGGUGAAGAGAAAGACAAAGAGAAAGAAGAUGUGUUUGUUAAGAGUUUAAAUAAUACGAGUGUCCAUAUAUGAUCAUUCUUUUGAAAAAUAUUUCAUGAGCAUCAAAUAUGUUAUAAUAUACCUAGAGAGAGACAAAAGUAUAAGUUAUGCAUAUUGUGAUUUGAGGUGAAGAGAGAGACAAAGAGAAAAAAUAUGUGUUUAAAAAACACGAAUGUCCAUGUAUCAUCAUUUUUUUGAAAAAUAUUUUAUGAACACCCAAUGCCCGAGUCCUCGAAACAAUCCCACGUUCCUUGGUUAUUUCCUCAAACCCCUCUGGCAACUCAAGCAGACCCUCCUUCAGGUUCUUCAAUGCCCAAAAGAAAGGCAAACCAGAAAAUAUUCGGCUACUCUCCUUUUUUUUAUGUAUUUCAUGUCUUGUAAUAAACUAUGUGAUUUCAACCAUAAUUUUAGAAAAUAAUUAGCAACCGCGAUUUUAGUUGGAAUGUCAA